AUGUUUCCGGCGACGCGCAUUCGAAGCUGCCUUCCAGUCAUAAACCCGAUGUUCAAGCGAUUGAAGCCCCACAGGCCAUUUCGUCAAGCAAAUCUUUACCAGACAAAGAGUGUUAAUACAACGGCGCAACUUCAGAAAUCUAAAUGGACAAACGUUCGUGCUAUAUUCACAAGAUGGGUUCCUCUUGGCAGUGUUAUCUACGUAGGAUGGUGUUACAUUCGAGCUACAAUCAACUACGAGAUAUCGAAAGUGGAAAUCAAGUUCUACGAAAUGUUUCCAUUUAGAAUUACGAGCAGAUUGUGGGGUAAGAUUGCGGCGUAUGAACUCCCAGUAUCGCUUCGUAGCUUUGUGUAUGGUACAUAUGCACGAAUGUUUAGCGUAAACCUGAGUGAAGCUGCGAUAUCCGAUUUAACAUAUUAUAAAAGUUUAUCAGCAUUUUUCACUCGAGCCUUACGCGAUGGCGCGAGAUAUAUAUCACCAGCUCCAUGCGUUUCACCAUGUGACGGUGUUGUAUUAAAUUGUGGACCAGCUAAAACUGAUAGAAUAGAACAAGUAAAAGGUGUAACUUACAGCUUGGAAGAAUUUUUGGGGGAAAAUAAAUGGUCUGGAAAUGGUAGGAGCUACUAUGACUCAUUGCUACAAGAUAAGAAGAAUGUACUGCAUCAGUGUAUUAUAUAUUUGGCCCCUGGUGAUUACCAUAGAUUUCAUUCUCCCUGUGACUGGAAUUCUUCUUUUAGAAGACAUUUUUCAGGAAAACUUUUGUCUGUAAACCCUUGGAUGGCUAGCUUGAUACCAGGGCUAUUUACAAUGAAUGAGCGAGCAGUUUAUAUUGGAGAAUGGAAACAUGGUUUCUUUAGUAUGACAGCUGUUGGUGCUACCAAUGUAGGUUCUAUAGAAAUUUACAAGGAUCCAGAUUUAAGAACAAAUACAAAAGGAAAGAGAAAUAGAGUAGAUGAAACAGUUAUGGAAAAGAUUUCUUUUAAAAAAGGUGAAUUAUUUGGACAAUUCAAUAUGGGUAGUACUAUAAUAUUACUUUUUGAGGCCCCAGCAGACUUCAAAUUUGACUUAAAAGGUGGCGAUAAAGUUCUUGUUGGCCAAGCAUUAACAGAAAUGAGUAAAGAAAACUCUAGAUGA